AUGGAUUCAUCGACUUACGACAGGUUGCAGUGUCACCGAACCUCCUCCUUGUUGCAGAGCCUUCCUAACGAUGGCACCGUUAACAAUACUGCUGAUGGCCAGGAUGAAAAUGGAAAGCAUCCAGCCUGUAUCCCUGACCCCACAAAUAGGACGAGAAUUCCUACAGAUCGUAGUCGAAUGUUGCUGAGUUCCAAGGGGGAGAAAGUGUACACUGGAGGCAGAUCUUCUCUUUCAUACUUGGAUUUUGUACGCAAGGUUAUCAGGCGAUAUGCUGGCGCUUCUUCUUUCACUGAGGCUGGAUUCAAAGAUUCUAUGCUUGAAAUUGAUCCGAGCCCAACCAUUUCAGAAGGCUUGCCAGAACCAGACGAAGAACAACGGAAAGGUUUCAUAGAAACCUAUUUUGAGGCAUCCAGUGCGAUUCUUGACCUCGUUUCAAGGGAGGAGGUUUACGCAUACUUGGGUCUAAGUUCCGUGCGAUUGGGGGAGACUCAGAGAUACAAUAUCAGCGAACUGGCAAUAGCACACCUGGUUCUUGCCAUAGGGAGCCAGUGCCGAGGUCUGUCGCCUUCGGAUUUGGCUUAUGCUUCCAGGUAUUUCGCACAAGGGCAGCAGGUGGCUUUUAAUGGACUGCUGUGCGACCCUAGCAUGAACAUGGUGAGGCUUUUUCUGCUCAUGGCCUUCUACCUCCUGGCGCUUGCCACAGGAAUGCUGCCUGCAUGGCUCCACAAUAAAGAUCAUUAUCAGUUCUUAGCAAGGGGGGAACGCAACUUCAGGCUUAGAACAUGGAAAAGCCUCUGCGUGAUGAACACCAUCGUCAACUCCAUCCUCGGGAGACUCGAGCAUUCAUGCCCACCUUGGCCUGAAGACAGGCGAAAUGACACUGCUGACUUACAGACACAGCUCGGGGGUCAUACAGUCAAUCCGGCUUAUGAGCUUUGUAAUAUCAUUGAUGGCUUUGAACGCACCCUAGGAAAAGAACGCUGUAAUACGUCAACCUUGACCGAGAAAUACCUUCAUGACCUUCGUAGAUGGAGCCAGAGUCUACCCACCGAGCUGCGGCACAUUUCGAGUAUUUCCAUAACGAACUCAAACUUCGAGAAUAGGGAACAUCUCCUGGGGGCAGUCCAGGUUACAUGCUUGUACUACUUUGCUGUUGUGUUAGCAACGCGGCCGUUCCUUACAUCGAAUAUUAUGCUGAAACUCGGCAAUUGUACAACGAAAUCUUCGGCUGCGGCACCAGACCUGGAUGGAACUCGAACGCCUGUUCAUCUUGCACAAGUGUGUGUGGCUUCUGCGACGUACAUGGUGAAAAUGUCACAGGCGGCGAUGGAGACAGGGUAUUUACUUCGGAACAUGUGCCAUCUAAAGGCCUGGAUAUUUGCGUCUGGCUUAUUGCUCGGCUUUGCGCUCUUUGCAGAAGAAGGUAUAGCCACUGAGACUGAUGAAGCGUUCCACGCAGCUCGAUCGGUUUUGCUGUAUCUUUCUGGUCUCAGCCCACAAGCCAACCGAUACCACGAGAUCCUCACCUCUCUUUCUGAGGUAAUCAACCACCAGCGACUGCGGCGUGUAGAGGAGAGGCGUCGGAUUACCAGCCAGUUCGUAGAUCAGAUUUUGAAUUUCGACACCCAUCUGCCCGGAAUCAACCAAUCGUACCUUAAUCGCCGUUCCGAGAAUGAUGGGCCGACUACUGAGGAGAAUCAUGACACUGCCGAUUUAGACGCUACCUUCUCGUUUAUCCCCGGCCUGAAUGUGGACAAUUCAGCAAAUUUGCUUAUGCAGUGGGAUGCGUUCGCCAUUGACGGGCAAACAUUUGGCAUGAAGGGUCUUCCAUUGUUAUAG